AUGCACCGAUAUAUCUCUGCCUCCCUUCGGAAUCGUCGGUCACUCCCAAAGCCAUCGGUUUCUAUUUCCUCUUCAACGACUCUUCCUCCUUUCUCGCUUGCAUGGCGACUACGAACACGGCAAGCGUCUACCUCUACGUCUGGCUUGCCUUCAGACGUAGCUGAAUCUUCUGAACAAAAGCCUACAAAACCCAAGGCCUAUACCCCCCUUCGCCGCACCGCUUCCGCCUCCCUUCCCAUUCGCUCAAAUCCAACACCCACACGCUCUCCAAUUCAGCCCAUAAUCACGCUCGCGACCGCGGAGCGCUACAUUCUUCCCCGUCUUAGCUCACGGAUGACUACGCUCGGUGUACGGCCUCUGCAUGAAGCGUAUUGGAUUCCGAAGUGGAAGUUCAGGGACGAGGAAUUAGGCGAGGACAAGGAAGCCGAAAUCUUCAUCUUUGGGAACGGGAGCUUCGUAUGUUGGGGUAUGACGGAGGAGCAUGCGGUGAUGUUUCAGAAAGAGGUAUUGAAGAGAACGGGGGCAGAGUUGGUGCCAUUUAGAGAGGCAGAAACGGAGGAAUUGGAGUUUGUGACGGAUCCUUCAGAGACCACGCGACUCCAAGGCGACAUUAUCAUUCUAGGACGUACCCCCGCUCCUUCUUCUGAAGACACCCUGCCACCGAUCCUUCCUUCAUCCGCCUUCCCCGAAGACACCCUACUCGCGCGCUAUGCAUUCUCCCAGGCACUCUCUCGCUCAACCGCACUCUCUGCCCUUGAAGUUUCUCUGGAGAACUACCUUUCUUCAACUUCAACUCUACCCCAUUCUCUCGAGACUACGGGAAAGCCAGGACUUGGGAGGAGAGCAUUAAUCAAAAAGCUGGGAGCACUGUUGAAGUUCAGGCAGGGUUUGAUUCUUAACAGAGAGAAUUUCAAUGAUACCCCAGAUUUCUAUUGGGCGGAACCGGUCCUCGAAGGAUACUUCAACAGCCUGAGCAACGCGCUCGAAGUCCGAGCUAGAAUUCGGUCUGUUAAUGACAAAAUUACAUAUGCUGCCGAGGUCCAAUCCGUUUUGCGUCAACUUCUGACCGAGCAUUCUGCUGCCAGUAUGGAACUCGUCAUCAUCGCUCUCAUCGCCGUCGAAGUUGUCAUCGUCCUUAUUCGUGACGUCCCGGAGCUCUGGUCGGAACGCAAGGAGCAUGGAGCUCAAAGCGAGCGCGAACAUCUGGCUUAAGCUCGGCGCACCCCCGCUCUUUCACCGCACAGUAGAUGCCUUUUAUUGCUUAUGCUCGUUCGAAUUAUAUAGUCCACCACAUCUCACUAACUCAUAGAUCUUUGUAUAAUUUUCUCCCACAUAAUGUGCAUCAUCCGUCAC